CAUUCCGAAGAUAUGACGCCUUAUUAGAAGUAUCUACUCACGGAAUGGAUACAAUCUAGUCUGGUUUUUCUUUGUCUUUCACGUUCUGAACAGCAAGACAUCCAGUACUGUGGCACUUUUUCUACUUUGGAAACAAUCUAAUAAUAUCUGAAGAGAAGCCUGAUAGGACAAAAGGUUUAGCUGCAGUUGUAUCACCCAACAUGAUGACUUUGUCUGCUAAAAGGACCUAAAUUGGGAGUUCCAAACCAAACUGAUGGGGUGAAUGAUGAUGUGUAAGACAAAGCUGUGGAGUGUUCUGGCCCUGUGCUUUGCACUCUCCAUCUGGAAGAUGUAUACUUCUGUUUGUAAGGGCCUUUCACCUUCGUCAAAAAUCCUUGGUGAGUGGCUGGUGCAAGACUCAUUAAUGAAAGAGGAAAUGUGUCACCAUAACAGAUGCACUGGCCUAAGCAGUUGGGAUUGGUUUUGUGACCACUUUGAUGCCUCAGUAAACUGCUUGCUAACUCUUGAAAACAUGGAUAUCCCACCAGAGGUUCUUCAGUGGUGGCUGAAGCUACAAAGAUCACAAGAUGGGAGCCAAAUUCAGAAGAUAAUAAAAAAACUGUUUGACCUCCUUCAGUCCCCCACUGCUGGAGUUCAGGAUGGUGCUCAGUGUGGAACCUGUGCUGUGGUGGGAAACUCAGGGCGGCUGAGAGGCUCUAAAUAUGGGGAGAAGAUCGAUUCUCACCAAUUUGUGAUGAGAAUAAACACUGCACAGAUUGCAGGUUUUGAGGAAGAUGUUGGUACACGAACAACACACCAUUUCAUGUACCCAGAGAGUGCUGUAAAUCUCCAUUCUGGCAUACAUCUUGUACUAGUCCCUUUCAAACCCCUGGAUCUCAAAUGGCUGGUCAGUGCCCUUUCAACAGGAGACAUCCAGCAAACAUAUAAAAGAGUUAAACAAUUUAUUAAAGCUGACAAAAGCAAGGUUCUAAUACUUUACCCUGGUUUCCUGAAAUAUAUCCAAGAUAAAUGGACAAAAUAUCAUGGGAGGUAUCCUUCCACUGGAUUAAUUGCACUGAUUUUUGCCCUCCAUACUUGCAAACAGGUCUCUGCCUUUGGCUUUGGUGCAGACAGCAAUGGGAAUUGGCAUCACUACUGGGAAGACAACCGUUAUGCAGGAGCCUUUCGCAAGACUGGGAUACAUGAUGCUACUUUUGAACUCCAACUCAUUGAAAGACUGGCAAUUGAAGGCAAAUUGUCAUUAUACAAAUAGUUUCCUCCAAACUUUAUACUACAUGCCUAAAGAAAGGUAAAGAUUUCCCUU